AUGGCAGCGUCUCGGCUUCCUGAAUCAGAACAUGACAGCGAGAGCAAUAGCCACCACGUGGAAGUGACCGUUACGGACAGUUCCCACCGCCAGACCCUACCCAGCAGACCACCACGGUCUCCUCGGGGCAUGCUUGGUGACGGUCGCCAUGACAACAGGCAGGGCCCUGACAGGAAGUGCCGGCUGUCCCGGAGCUUCACCAGAGUUCUGCAUAAGAACCAGGACUACGUGUGCAUCCGCGUGCAGGAAUCCCGGCGGGAGCACCUGCCAGCCGAGUGGUGGAAAACGGGCGUGGCCUUCCUGUGGGCGGGGCUUAACCUGUUCCUCACUACAGUUAUGAUCACCAUCGUGAACGACAGAGUUCCCGACAAGUCGACCAACCCCCCACUGCCGGAUAAGUUCUUCGACUACGUGGCGCGGGUAGCGUGGGCUUUCAGCGUGAGCGAGGUCAUUGGCAUGCUCCUGGUCUUCGCCUGGCUCACGCAGUGGCUCUUCCUCAAACACAAAUCAAUCGUAGGUAGGAGGUUCUUCUUCCUGAUGGGCACCCUGUAUCUGUAUCGCAUCAUCACCAUGUAUGUGACCACCCUGCCUGUUCCCAGCAUGCACAUGGAGUGUGCCCCAAAGCUCUAUAAUAACUCAGUGGCCAAGUUGUCCCGUGUGGUGCAGCUGUUUUUAGGAGGUGGCUUGUCCAUCACAGGCUCCCAUAUCAUGUGUGGAGACUUUCUGUAUAGUGGACACACCGUCAUCCUUACCCUGACCUUCCUCUUCAUCAGAGAGUACUCCCCCCGUUCUUUGUGGUGGUAUCACCUGGUCUGCUGGUUGCUAAGUGUAGUGGGCGUGGUCUUUAUCCUGCUAGCCCACGAGCACUACACUGUGGACGUGGUAGUAGCCUACUUCAUCACCUCACGCCUCUUCUGCUGGUACCACACCAUGGCCAACAACCAGUCUCUCAGAGACACUCCUUACAACUACCUGAACAGAGUGUGGUGGAACCACGCCUUUGGGUUUUUGGAGAGGAAUGUCGGCGGCCCGGUUCCCUGCACCUUCUCCUGGCCCAUUUCGCUGCCUGCAGCUUUCUCCAAGAGCCCAUCUGAGCGGUACUCCAAAGUCCAGAGUACCCGGGAAGACUGA